GCCGAGGCAGGUGGGUGAGGUCUGUCUUGGCUCCUUGGCUAGCCAGAGCUGGAGAAGGCGGGCGGGCGGGUCUUUUGCAAAGUCAGGGGCUGCCCGAAACUGACACGACUCGGACGCAUCCAUCAAAGGCGAAGACGCGGGAGACCUUCCGCACAGCAUCUGCCCUGCCAUCCAUCCGCCACCCCGAUGGCAACCACCGGCAUGGAAGGAGGCAGCGCGGGCGCAUCUCCGUCUUCCCCCGGCCAUCCCUCCGAAGAAUUCCGCUCUGCCCUGACCAGGACCAAGGGGCAGUCCAUCUUCCUUGAUAUUUUGAGAAGAGCAGACAAAAAUGAUGAUGGCAAACUGUCCUUUGAUGAAUUCAAAGCUUACUUUGCUGAUGGGGUCCUAAGCAGAGAAGAGCUGCGUGAACUUUUUCAUACUAUUGACACACACAAUACAGACAACAUCGACACAGAAGAGCUAUUUGAAUAUUUUUCACAUCACCUGGGAGAAUAUGAAAAUGUGCUGUCUGCUUUGGAAGACCUCAAUAUAUCUAUUCUGAAGGCAAUGGACAAAACAAAGAGAAAUUAUCAGGAGGCUUCUAAGCUGGAACAGUUUGUGACUCGCUUUUUGUUGAAAGAAACACUGAAUCAGCUCCAAUCUCUCCACAACUCCCUAGAGUGUGCCAUGGAAACUACUGAGGAACAAACCCGUCAAGAAAAACAAGUGGCAACAAAGCCAGAGGUGCUCACAAUUCAGCAGCCAGGAAGACGAUCGAGCCGAAGACUCCAGAGGAACAACAGUUUUUCUCCAGUCAGCCCACUUCUUAACUCAGGCUGGCUGGAAGAAGACAAUCAGUGGAUGACCCAGAUUAACAGGCUCCAGAAGUUGAUUGACCGGCUGGAGCAGAAGAAUCUAAAGCUUGAGCCACUGGAAGAAGAGGUAUCUGAAGAAAACACAAAAUCUCACAUGAUGAUUGUUCAGCGUCAGAUGACAGUGAUAGCGGAAGAACUUGAGCAGUUCCGCUUUGCUCUGAAGCAGUACAUGGACAUUGCCUCAUCUCAAGAUGGAUGUCUGCAUAUUUCCAUUCAGAAGCUUGCAAAUGAAUCACGCUUCAUCGUUUAUGAAUUCUGGGAGAACAAUGCCUGGAACAGCCAUCUCCAGAUGAACUACAACAAGACAUUCCAAAGGAGUAAUGUGGACACCCUGGAAAUGCCAGAACACAUAACAACUAUGCUAGUGCCUGCUUCCUGGUGGGUCCUGAACAACAACUAGAAACUCUGCUGUAGACUGCAACCAGAUGGUGUAGCAUUACUCUAAAUCAGAAUCCUAUACAGUCAUUAUGAAAUCUCUACAGCUAAGCACAGUCACAAGCUUCCAUUUAUUUAUUGGGUAAAGUUGUAUUGGUUGACAUCUCCUCAUGGCUGCUACUUUAGGGAAUAUGCUGUGGAUUGAUCUUUGUUACUAAUUCUAAUUAUACUGUGUUUUUAAAUGGCUUGAGUUUAAAUAUUCUCAUCAUAGUGAGCAACUUCCUCUUCCAGAGUUUCAUCCUUAAUGGAAAUGUGGCUCUAAAGCUCAUCAGGUUUAGCUUAUUAGGUUUCUUUUGAGCAUUCGGGUUUUGGAUGGAAGGCAGGAUAUUAUUGUUAAAAUAAAUGCUAUGGAAUCAUA